UGAAAGUGGGGCUUAGGGGAAGCGCGACGCCUCUUUCGCAAGCCGCAGGGCCACCACCACUGCGUGAGCCUUGGAUCCCUCAACGUAUUGCGAGACGCCGGUGUAUAGCCCGGACCUGUGCCCCAACAUGAUCGCCGCUCAGGCCAAGCUGGUUUACCAGCUCAAUAAAUACUACACUGAGCGCUGCCAAGCGCGCAAGGCGGCCAUCGCCAAGACCAUCCGAGAGGUCUGUAAGGUGGUCUCGGACGUGCUAAAGGAAGUGGAGGUGCAGGAGCCUCGCUUCAUCAGCUCCCUGAGCGAGAUCGACGCCCGCUACGAGGGGCUGGAGGUCAUCUCGCCCACGGAAUUCGAGGUGGUGCUCUACCUAAACCAGAUGGGCGUCUUCAACUUCGUAGACGACGGCUCCCUGCCCGGCUGCGCGGUGCUCAAACUGAGUGAUGGGCGGAAGCGGAGCAUGUCUCUCUGGGUCGAGUUCAUCACUGCGUCCGGCUACCUCUCGGCGCGCAAGAUCCGCUCGCGUUUCCAGACCCUGGUGGCUCAGGCAGUGGACAAGUGCAGCUAUCGAGAUGUGGUCAAGAUGAUCGCGGACACCAGCGAGGUCAAGUUGCGCAUCAGGGAGCGCUACGUGGUGCAAAUCACUCCUGCGUUCAAGUGCACCGGUAUCUGGCCUCGCAGUGCGGCACAGUGGCCUAUGCCCCAUAUCCCCUGGCCUGGCCCCAAUCGGGUAGCGGAGGUCAAGGCCGAAGGGUUCAACUUGCUGUCGAAGGAAUGCUACUCACUGACCGGCAAGCAGAGCUCCGCGGAGAGCGAUGCCUGGGUGCUCCAGUUCGGGGAGGCUGAGAACCGGCUGCUGAUGGGCGGCUGCCGAAACAAGUGUCUCUCGGUGUUGAAGACGCUGCGGGAUCGCCACCUGGAGCUGCCGGGCCAGCCGCUCAAUAACUACCACAUGAAGACGCUGCUGCUGUACGAGUGCGAGAAACACCCGCGGGAAACGGACUGGGACGAGGCGUGCCUCGGCGAUCGGCUCAACGGCAUCCUGCUGCAGCUCAUCUCCUGCCUGCAGUGCCGCCGCUGCCCUCACUACUUUCUGCCCAACCUCGACCUUUUUCAGGGCAAGCCCCAUUCGGCCCUGGAGAGCGCUGCCAAGCAGACCUGGAGGUUGGCCAGGGAAAUUCUCACCAAUCCCAAAAGCCUGGACAAACUAUAGGGUGCUGGGGACUGCUUCAAAAGCGACACAAACGGGAGUGCUCUCUUACACAAACACACACAACUCACAGAGACAAACAGCAGAAACUCCGGACACAAACUUUUACGUAAGCCACCUGAAAGAAACAGGAAGCAGUCACAAGACCUUCGUUAAUUAGCAAGCAAACAAAAAGAGAGCAAACCAGCCAACCAAACAAAAUCACAUUCUUGCACAAAAGUGAUCGUUUUUCUUCCAAACAAUGUGAAUUUAAAAGGUCACACAAAAGAAGCAAUCGGGCUUUGCCACCACAAAAUGAAACCCAAGGUACAUUUUCAAAUCAAUGUAUAGUAGUUUCUCCCUUUUUCCUUCUCUCCCCCAACUCCUUUCUCCUCUCUCUCUCAUCUUCUUUCUUUCUCUCCCUCUCAUUUCAUUUUGUUUUGGGUUGCCUGAAUGUUGUCACCAAGUGAGAAAAAGUAUUUAAUUAUAUGUAAAAUUUCUCUUUUAAAAAAAGUUUUGCUGAUGUUAAAUGUAUCUCAGUGCCAAUGUCAGACUGUGCCCUUCCCUUUCUUGCACCUCUA